AUGAAAAUUCCUAAGAAUAUUUUUGAUGAUGUUACGGGUUUUCCAAUUGUUGCUCGAAUUCUUGAUUCAAUGCUCAACUUGGUGAAUCCUUCUAAUAAGUUGCUGAUUGGAUAUCAAGAUUCUAUGGAUUCUAAUCCCAUUGAAAAGCUAGUGGAGACACCAGUAAAGAAAGUUGCUAAGGAGAUUCCUACUCCUGUUGUGAAAACAAUCUCACAAGAAGCAUCUAGAAAUAGACACACUUUAGAUGUUGCACAAAAGUUGAAGAAGCGAAAGCCUACUCUUGUUCAAGAUCAAAUGGAGAAUGUUCUUGUAGAGUCAGGCCAUGAUAGUGAUGAUUCAAAUACAAAAAUUGAAGUUUCAUUUCAUGUUUCACCAUGA